AUGAGAGCUGUUCUGCGACCCAAACAAAACAGCCUUCUCAUACGUAUUCUCAAUCGUGGACUUCUAGCAAAUUCUAAAUUCAGCUACUUUUCUCUUCAUCGAACCAAUUUUCUUUCAAAUGCAAAUUUUAUGAAUUUCUCAUCAGCAAAGAAUUCAAAUGGCAGCGAUACUAACCAGAAGCCAAAAACAAUUGAGACAAUAAAGAAUCCCUAUGAGGUUUUUGUUGGGAAUUUACCAUGAAAAGCAAAAGAAGAAGAAAUUUUGGAAUAUUUCAAGCAAUGUGGAACUCCAACAUUAACCAAAAGUUGAGUAAGGCCUAAUGGAAAAACAGAAGGCUUUACAUACAUUCAAUUUAAAGAUGACACAGAAGUAAAGGCUGCCCUCAAUUUAAAUGGUGCUUCUUUUAUGAAUCGGCCACUACGAAUCACUGAACCUACUUAUAAUCCAAAGACUAUGUCUACUUUAGACAGACACAUAGAAAAACAAAAAAAGCUUGACUCUAAUGUUCUUUUUGUCGAAAGCUUGCCCAAGCACGCUACAAAAAAGACAAUUAAUCAGUUUUUCGUAAGAAUGGGAAAGAUAAAAGAUAUUAGGCUUAAAAAUGAUAAGAAUGGGUACUUUAAAGGAAGUGCAUUUGUCGAGUUUUCGAAAAGUGAAGAAGCAGCAGCUGCACUGGAGUUGAGUAGAGAGCUGUUUGAUGGGAAGAGAUUAAAAAUAGCUAUAGAUCUAAAAAGGAAAACCAUCAUCGACAAAAACGAAACUGAGAAGUUGAUAAAAUAA